GCACUACAUGCGGCAAGUGAGUCUUAUUCUGUACUACCUGGGGCAGUGACAAUUAAGUUAAGUCUGUUAUUAUGUAGUACUAACUUGGAGCACUUACAAAUGAGUCUGUUAUUCUGUACUACUUAGAGCAAUCAUAAAUGUGUCUGCAAUUCUGAAGUGUACGUAGAUUUUAUAUUUAUUUUCAUUAACACUUGUUAAGUUGGUGGGGAAAUACGAUCAAGUGUUCUAUAGCCUAAGGAUGUCUAAACACUGUGCAUCAUUUAAUGGUGUGCUUUCUUUACAGAAAAGAAAAUAUAAACAUAAAAGGUAGAUUUGAGCUUAUUUAAAUAAGCAAAUUUAUUUAAUUCUUUUGGCACUAUUUCACAUUGACAUUAAACAAUAUUCAAGUAAUACAGCUUGAACCUGGAGGCAAUGCAAAGUCCUAAAUGCCAUUAGAAGUUAAUCUACUUUGAUCUUGGUCUCACAGCCAGUCAAAGAGGUGCAGUUACUUACUAUACUGAUUCUAUACAGUAGAUAUACCAAGUAUUUAUUUUCAUUCCCUAUGGUAUAGGGGGGACUUGGACAAUGGUCCUGUACUGGAGUUACCCUGAGACUUCUUACAGUCUUUAAUUGGAUUUGGUAUUCACCUGCAAAGACUGCCUAUGGAUUACAACCUAUAGGUGACUGAAAAUCUUUGUUAAAAUUGGUUGGGGAUUUUCAGGUGUUUGACAAGUUUGAGUUAAAACAGCUGAAGGAAGUCACGAACAUGUUUUAUGAAUGAUGAAGAGAUCUUUGUGUUGGUUUUACAGAUUUGUUGAUUUGAACUGAGUUCAAGUGGCCUGGAUAUUUGGGGAGAAGUCUAGCGGAAAUUUAUGCUCAACAUCAACGAAAUUAGGCUGACUUCCUACUUUGUUCCUACACUUCCUACAGUAUGGCUGCUCAGAACGUGAUGUCAGCUCAGGAAAUAGCAGAGUCAAAGCUGGUCUUCACAGUGCUGGAUAAAAAUUCUGAUGGCAAAGUGUCAGUCUGUGACAUCAGGACAACCAUGCACAAGUUAGGACAUGAUGUCAGCAAUGAGGAUUGUCAAGAUUUUAUUAAAAAAGUGUCAUGUAAUGGAAAUGCCAGUUUUAAUGAAAAGGACUUUCUUGCCUGGAUGGAGACGUACAGAGAGAAAGAUUCAGAGACUGUUCUCUUCGAUUCUUUCAAAGCAUUUGAUAAAGAUAAAAAUGGACUUAUAUCUCGGCAAGAGCUUCAGGAAGGCUUGGAGCUGAUGGGUGUACAUUUAACAGAAGACAUGCUGGAUGGUAUGUUCUCAGUAGCAGACAGAAACCGUGAUGGAGGAAUUAGUUUUGAAGAAUUUGUUCGUGUCAUGAAACCAUCCUAGCCAACCACCUUUCGUUUACCAUUGAGUUCAUCACUGCGACAGUUAUUUUAGGAAUAGACAAUCUUUUAUGUUGGAUUGCAUUUCACCUGACUUAAACAUGAUGGGGAUGUCUUUGGCACAUCAGUGAAAGCAAACAUUUUAACUGCAGAUACAAUUCUGUAUUUUGGUCUUCAGAGUUAAAUUGAGUUUCUGCAGCUGAAAAUUGGUGAAUAUUGAAAAUUUUGGCUGCUGAUUUGAUCUGACAAAUAAUAUUAAGUAUACAGUACUUUCUUUGAUAUUGACACCAAAGGCAAAACACAAACUUGCAAUCAAGUGAAGGUGCUUCAGCUCUGUUAAUGUGUUCAAAGUGAAAAUCUAGCUUAUGAUGUUCAUAUAAGCUAAUUACUGAAUCAAUCAUCCAUCUCCAAGCAUGUUGCUACCAGUAAAGCAUGCUUAUUAUCAUUUGCAUCCACUCAUUAAUUAUUCACAUAUUCAUGUAUGAUGCUCCAAGUUACAAAAUCUAAUAAAAACUCCAUUAAUGUCAACAUUUCAAUUUUGUA